AUGAGACUUCUUUUCCUUAGCAGUUUAUAUGCUCUGGCAGCAGCUACCAGUGCCAGUACCAGUGUUCAGACAUGCAAGUGCUUCCCUGGCGAUGCGUGCUGGCCGUCUAAGCAAGAAUGGAGCAGCUUCAAUCGCACAGUAGGCGGCCGUUUGAUCGAGACGGUACCUCUAGGCUCUCCAUGCCAUGCUCCCAAUUAUGAUGAGGCUUUGUGCGCGAAAUUAACCUCCCAGUGGAAGCUUUCAGCAGUGCAUAUCGACUCAUCCUCGUCAAUUCAAGACCCUAUCUAUGCCAACCAAAGCUGUGACCCGUUUACUUCUCACGAUUCACCGUGCCAGCUGGGCAACUAUGUGCGGUAUGCAGUGGAUGUGACCGGCCCGAAAGAUAUUGCGGCAACCAUCCGGUUUGCCGAAAAGAAGAACAUCCGGCUAGUGAUCCGAAAUACAGCACAUGACUACAUGGGUCGUUCGACUGGAGCUGGAGCACUUGCCAUCUGGACCCACCACUUGAAGGACACCAAGGUCAAAGACUGGGCUGAUUCCCAGUACACCGGCAAGGCCAUCAAGAUCGGCGCCGGAGUGCAAGGUUUCGAGGUCGGCCAGGCCCUGACAAAACAUGGAUUGGUUGCCGUGACCGGCGAAUGCCCUACAGUAGCAUACGGUCUAUCCGCCGACAACACCCUGGAGUUCGAAGUCGUGACAGCCGACGGCAAGUUUGUCACGGCCAGUCCAAACUCCCCCCAAUACGCCGAUCUUUUCUUCGCCCUCAGUGGCAGCGGCGCUGGGAACUACGGCGUAGUAGUCUCGGUCACCCUCAAGGCGCACCCAGAGGCCAUGACUAGCGGCGCCGGCUUUACCCUGGACGAUCCUAGCUUGGAUUACCCGGCGAUUGUGAAUGCCUGGCACGCAGCCCUGCCUGACAUUCUGGAUGCAGGUGUAAUGGCCACAUAUUACGCAGAGAACGGCACACUUGUCGUUUACGCCCUCACGGGGUAUAACCGCACGCAGCCCGAUAUGGAAAAGAUCCUAGCACCGUUUGUAAAGUCAGUAGCUUCUUUGAACGUCGACCUGAAGCCUAAAUACACCCAGUUCGACACCUAUAACGAGUUCUACUACGCGUACUUCGGUCCUCUCCCAGUUGGCGUCUUCGGCUCAGCCGGUGAAUACCUCAUGGGAGGCCGUCUACUGCACCGAGAUGCGCUCCAGCACGUUGGCGGCGCGAUCAACGAGACGCUCCAGCUCGGCGUGCGAUUCAUCGGCCAAGCGACCAAUGUCGCGCGCUUCGGCUCUCAGAGCAGAGCUGUCCUACCACAAUGGCGGGACACACUCGUCAUGUCUUCUUAUACCCUCCCUUAUAGCUUUGACGUGCCAUUUUCACAAAUGAAGGCCGAGCAGAACUAUAUCACGGAUCGCAUCAUGCCCAUCAUUCAGAAUGUGACACCCGACGCGGGAGCGUACAUUAAUGAGGCGGAUUUCCAACAGCCUGAUUGGCAAAAUGUUUUCUAUGGUCGGAAUUAUAAGCGGCUGUUGGCGAUUAAAAAGUCGUAUGAUCCCAAGGGGCUGUUUUGGAAUCCGAUCGCGGUGGGGAGUGAGGGGUGGAAGACGCAGAAUGAUGGGAAGUUGUGUCGGGUUUGA